GUGGUGUGUUCUCAUUUCCGCUUCCCCUUUUGAGCAGGCAACAGCAGUUGAAUGAGUUCAGGGAGAAAGGCAUAAUCUACAACAUGAUACUUUCUCACUCGCUUCACCUCUGUGCCCACACCUGUGAAGGCCUCGGCCCAGCUUCGACAACUGCUUUGCCUCAAACUCAGCUUUCUACCAGCAGACAGGCCCUACUCUAGUGUCCAUAGCUCCAACCAUUGAGAGUACCUGGCUGAAAUCAACUUUGCUUUCUGUGGGAUGACCUCUUUCUUCAGAAGCUGUAGAAGAAACUUGUUGAGAUAAACUGCAGCAAGAUAUAUUGAGGUCAGCUAUGAGGGAGGAUGUACACACUUGAGUGAGUCUCAGUCUCAACUCACAGGCACUGCUUGGGGCAUAGGUACAAAACAGACAGAAGAGAAGAGAGGUCUGUCUCAUACAUGUUCCCCAGAGCACUAAAGACAAACCUGGGACUGGGCCUUGGAAACCAAGUGUGGCAGGAAGAAGGCUGUAUGAUAUAAAGGAAGAAAGCAUGCAUCUGGAACUCAGAACUUGACGGCAUUACUGUUACGGGAGGCCCUGAAGUCUGAGCCAGGGCCAUGGAGGCCUCUGUGCUGAGCCCCACCUCCUGGGAGAAACGGCGGGCCUGGCUCCGUCAGAGCCGUAACUGGCAGACCCAGGUCCUAGAAGAGGAGGCUGCCGCCGCCCUGCAGGAUGUCCCAGAUCCUGAGCCUUCCAGCCUGGAUGACGUUUUCCAAGAAGGGAAUCCAAUCAAUAAAAUUGAAGACUGGCUGCAGGAUUGCGGCAAAUUAAAUACUACUGACUCUCACUGGAAAAGAAUAUGAAUAUGUGUGAGUUUUUCCAUGAAAAAACUCCUUGGAAAAUGUAGUAAGUGACUUCAACCUAUAAGACUGUUUUUGGUUUAGAUACUCUGAAGAAGGAUUUUCUGAGGAAGCAGGACAGUUUAUCUACAAUGGCUUCUGCAGCCAUGGGACCAGCUUUGAAGAUGACUUGACCCUGGGAGCAGAGGCCACACUACUGGCCGCCAAUGGCAAACUCUUCUCCAGGAGUUUCCUCGAGACAGCCAGGCCUUGCCAGCUACUUGAUCUUGGCUGUAGUUUGGCUUCCAGCAGCAUGACUGGGGGGACCAACAAGACUAGUUCAAGCAUCUCAGAAAUUCUGGACAAAGUGCAAGAAGAUGCAGAAGAUGUCCUCUUCAGUCUGGGCUUUGGCCAAGAGGAUCACAAAGACACUUCUCGGAUACCCGCCCGAUUUUUCACCACCCCCUCUCAGGCCAAGGGCAUUGAUUUCCAGCUCUUCCUGAAGUCCCAGGUGCGGAGGAUUGAAAUGGAAGACCCCUGCCUCAUGCUGGCCAGCAGGUUUAAGCAGGUGCAAACACUGGCUGUCACUGCUGAUGCCUUCUUCUGUCUCUACUCCUAUGUGUCUAAGACACCUGUCCAAAAGUUCACACCAUCCCACAUGUUCUGGAAUUGCAACCAUCCAACUGAUGUGCCGUCCAUCAGGAUUCUGUCCCGAGAGCCUGAACCCCAGUCACCCAGAGACCGCCUUCGGAAAGCCAUCUCCAAGAUGUGUCUGUACACAUGCCCCCGAGACCGGCCACCACCACCCCACAACACCCCCAAAAGGAACAGUUUGGACCAAGUUGUGUUGGAAGUGAUGGACAAAGUGAAAGAAGAGAAGCAGUUCCUCCAGCAAGACUCUGAUUUGGGGCAAUUCUCACAGGAAGAUCCUGUGCCCCCUGCUGAAGGUAAGAAGUUGCCCACUUCUCCCUAUCCAUGUGUCUUCUGCUGCAAAGAGGAAACACAGCAGAGGAUGUCCACAGUGCUAGCACCAUCCCAAACUCUGGAUUCGAACCCCAAGGUACCCUGUUGCACACAUUCUCUGCCCAUAGAAGAUCCACAGUGGAGCACAGACCCAGCUCAGAUAAGGAGAGAGCUGUGUAGUCUACCAGCCACCAAUACGGAAACCCAUCCAGCCAAGGAUGAGACUUUCUGGAAAAGAAAGAGCAGAGCAAGAAAGAGCCUCUUCCAGAAGAAUCUCAUGGGCAGGAAGGUUAAGUCCUUGGACCUGUCCAUCACCCAGCAGAAAUGGAAGCAGAGUGUAGACAGACCAGAACUGCGUCGGUCUUUAAGCCAGCAGCCACAGGACACUUUUGACUUGGAGGAGGUGCAAAGCAACAGUGAGGAGGAGCAGAGUCAGAGUCGCUGGCCCAGCAGACCCAGGCACCCCCACCACCACCAGACUUUUGCUGGCAAAGACUCGUGAAGCUUUCUCCACCACCACAACAGCAUGUGGUCUGACAGAAUUGGCUUCAAAGAAGAAACUAAAAGCCACCUCUUGCAGGAAACUGCACUGCCCUCAACAUCCAGCCCCUACUCCUUGGUCCUCCAAACCCCCAAACUCUGCAGGAGAAAGGCAGCAUGGUACAUGGGGAGGAAGACCAGACUGAGCGAUUUGGAAUCCACAUCCUAAUGCUGCUACAAGCUGCAUGCACAAAGACCUUAGGCACAUCACUUCAUUUCUCUGUACACUGGUUUCUCUACUAUGUGUGUAUUAAAAUAUAUAAUGUGGAUGAUAGUAAA